GACCAUUUUAGCUGUUGUAUUAGUGUUGCUUUUGAUUUGACCUUGUUCCACUCGAUGGCCUUAACAAGUUCAUCCCAUAUUGAAUAGUCCAAAGGAUUUAAAUCAGGACUAUUUGGAGGUCAGCGAUCCUUGUCAAUAAAUGAUGGGAAAUUGUUCCGACACCAUUGUUGCGUUAAAUGACGUUGAUGUGGCUUUGCGCCGUCCUGUUAACAGAUCCAGUCGUUUCCGAAAAGUUUAUUUCCAUAUUUUAAAGCUACAGGAAGUAGUUUUUCGAUAUAGCAACUGUGAUCGAGAGUUUCCUCAUCCAAGAUCAACAAAGGUAUGAUACCCUUGGAGCAGGUGUCCAACCACACCAUUACUUUUUGUGGGAAAUUUCGUAUUUUCUGUAUGCCACCUCUUUUAUCGGCGUCAGCAUGAUUUACUGCCUACACUCGAGUAUUUUGAGCAUUGUAGACACCAUCAAUGUCGAAAAACUUCUCGUCCGAAAAGAGAAUUUUCAAGGUGUCUUCUUUUCGGAAAUUUAUUUGAACCCAGUUUGCAAACUGUUUCUGUUUGAUCUUUUGAUCAUCGGAAAGCGAUAGUUCGAUUACGAUUUUAUACGGUUUUAGUUCUAAAUCGUUUUUUAAUAUCCGCCUGACUCUUGUUGCAGAGAUAUCAAGCUCCAUUGUUAGUCUUCGAGCUGAUACUCUGGUUUUCCAGCAUAAACAGUUUUUUACUUUUCAGAUAUAUGCUUUAGUUCUGAUUAUACGUGAACUACCAGAUGAACUUGAUAGUUGAAUAGAGCCACAUCGUCGAAUCAUCUGGCAUCAUCUUUUGAUGGUUGUUAAACCAAGACCAACAUUUAAGUUAGGAUAAAUUUUCGUUGGAGCGGGUAUGGAUGUGGUGUGGGGUGCGGGUGUAGAUGUGGGGUGUGGGUGUGUAUAAUCAAAGUACCAACAACCACAGCCGCACACCCGCACCCCACAUCCACACCCACACCCACACCCACACCCACACCCAAUUGAUCCUAAUGCAUUUUUGUAACUAUUUCAUGCGAGGAACAAUUCAAAAAAGACACUGAAGACUUUAUAUAACAUUAAAAUUUAAUAAAUUAAGAGAAAAUAUGACGUGAGUUUUUAUGAUAAGAAAAAGUUCUAUGAAAAUAUAUGGAGAAGCUGAUUUCGAUUAUGAACAACAGAUAUUAAUAAAAGAAAGGUUACAAUUAAAAUUAAAUGAAGAUACUUUAGUAGAUGAGAGAACUAUUAAAAAUGAUAUUGAAUUAGUUAUCCCCAUAAUGUGAUGAAAUUGUCUUUAAAUAAUGACUAUUGAAGUUAAGAUAUUGUUCAACUAUUUGAAUAGAUCUAUUCGUCAAGAUACUUUGAACUAAAGAGAUAAGAGAUGAAUUUUUAGUUAAAAUUUUGCACAAUUCUAAAGAUUAUAUACUUAAUUUUUUACAGAUAAAAAGUCUAUUUCAUUACACUGUAAAUAUAGAUAUUGAUGCUGACUAUUUCAAUUGAUUUUAUACUGAUUAAAAUCAAGGACAUCAUAUCGAAAGAUAAAAAGUUCAAAUUUCAAGUUAGGUUUUUAAAUUAUUAAAAAUUUUUCAAAAGCAUUUUUCGUCUAGUGUGCAUUCAGAAUUUCAUCAAAAUGCUUCAAAAAAUCAUGUUUUUUAUCAUAGAUAUUCUUAAACAAGAGCAAAGAAAAGAAGCUAUGCCUGGUCAAUAUGAUAUACCUCAAAAAUUUAAAAUAUCUAAUUUAGAAUUUACUUUGUGA